AUGACCCAGCUCGACCCAGAGAAGCUAGUGGGGCCGGGCGACAAAGCGUCUUCAGCGGACCACAGCAUCCUGAUGGACCAGAUCAUCAUGUUCGGAGACUCGAUUACCCAGGGGGCUUGGGUGCCGGGCGGGACGGGCGCGACUAUCUCGCAUGCGUACCAGAGGAAGCUGGAUGUCAUCAACCGAGGAUUCUCAGGGUACAACACCGUCUGGGGCCUCGACGUCCUCAAGCAGUGGCUGCCCCGCAAGGACGAGAGGCUGCCGAAGAUCCGCAUCUUCUUCGUCUGGUUCGGAGCGAACGAUGCGUGCCUUCCACCGUCCCCUCAGGCUGUCACGCUCGAGGAUUUCAAGAAGAACCUGAACACGAUCAUGGACCUCCUUCGCUCGCCUUCCUCGCCUCACUGUUCGCCCUCGACUCAGAUUGUUCUCAUCACCCCUCCUCCCGUCGAUGCCGACAUCCGCAAUGCCGAGCUUGCCUCGCGGGACCCUCCCCGCGUGCCCGACCGCGACCGCAAGCACACGCAGGCGUUCGCUGAGGCAGUCAAGGAGGUCGCAAGGAAUGCAAAGGUUCCGAGCGUGGACGUGUGGACGAAGAUUACGGCGACGGCAGAGCAGCAGGAUGGCGGGAAGCUGGAUCGGUAUCUGAGCGACGGACUGCACUUGACGGCCGAGGGAUACAGGCUGGUCACCGAAGAGCUCGCCGAGGUCAUCAUCAGGCAGCUGCCGCACCUGCACUGGGACCGACUCGAGCAGAGGUUCCCGCACUGGGCAGACUUCCUUACGCCAGAGCAGCGAUUCUGA